AUGUCUGAUGCCCUGCCGAAGAUUAAGGUGACCGAUUCGCAGCAUCCAGAUGGUCACAGCACGCCUCUCGACUCGCCCUCUACUGCCACGGAUGGCGGCCAAACAACAAGGCCGAGGUCUGCAACCUCAUCAGAAGGAAAUACCCAAUCCAAUGGCAAGAGGCCACCAAUCAAUAACCUAAUACGAAACCCGUCGAAUAGGGAGAGUAAUGGACCAAGUUCUACUCCGCAGCAACAAGCUCGUCCAACCACUGCAAUUGACCCUCUUUCCCAUCACAUCCUCAAAAGAACAAACACAGAAAACACUAUUCCGCAGAAGCUGCGUAACGCUGGCAGUCCCGAAAGUCCAAACACCGAAGUUGGAAGCCCAAUCAGUCCCGAGCUUCCGCCACCUGGGAGACAACUGACACCCGAGAUCAUUCGUAGUGAUAGUAUUCCUAGCAAAGAGAAGAAAAAAGGUGUAUCGUUCCUCAGCCGAUUCGCUAUCAUAGGAGGCAAGAAGAAAGACAACCAUGGAGAUAUGGAUGAUGACGAGUCCGAGCAAGGCGAUCAACGCACAGAAGGAAUGAACGCGCAUGUCUUCUCCUCGUCGAUUGGAGCGAAUGGAUAUAUUCCUCAGCACAAGGAGCCGCCGAGAUACAUCAAGGUCCGAGCGCAUAACAAGAAGGUCAGAGAGUUUGAUCGUAUGUUCCUGGCGCAAGAGUUGACCGGAACGAAACAUGCCUUGAGCGAAGAGAAAGUGCCUGGCUUGACCUCAACAGCCUCUGAGCUUCCACAUCCGCACAAGAACUCGAAAUUCUUCAAGACAAGUGGCGCAGUAUGGGCGACGGAAUUUAGUAAAUGUGGAAAGUAUCUUGCAGCGGCUGGCCAAGAUCAAGUUGUGCGAGUCUGGGCUGUGAUCUCAACGCCAGAAGAGAGGCGGGCACAUGAAUAUGAAGAGGAUGUCAAGUCCAGUACUUCGGGAGCGGCAAGGUUGAGCGCACCAGUCUUCAGAUCGACGCCUAUUCGAGAAUUCGAGGGGCAUACGGGAGAUAUACUUGACUUGAGUUGGAGCAAAAACAACUUUUUGUUGUCUUCGUCGAUGGACAAGACAGUGAGGUUGUGGCAUAUUUCAAGACAAGAAUGCCUAUGCACGUUUAAACACAAGGAUUUUGUCACAUCAAUAGCCUUCCAUCCUCGGGACGACCGCUUCUUCUUGGCAGGAUCAUUAGACUCAAUCCUUCGACUUUGGAGUAUCCCGGACAAAUCUGUUUCCUUUUGGAAACAGUUACCCGAUCUUAUAACAGCAGUUGCCUUCACGCCUGAUGGGAAGACAGCUAUUGCCGGUGUGCUUAGUGGACUGUGCUUGUUUUACGAGACUUCGGGGCUCCUCUCUCAAGGUCAGAUUCAUGUGCGGUCUAGCCGAGGCAAGAAUGCCAAGGGAUCCAAGAUCACAGGCAUUCGAACAACGACAUAUCCACCAAAUGAUCUGAAUGGUGAGGUUAAAAUCCUUGUUACUAGCAAUGACUCAAGAGUCAGAUUAUACAAUCUGAAAGACAAAAGUCUGGAAAUGAAGUUUAGGGGUCACGAGAAUACUUCCAGUCAAAUCAAUGCUAGCUUUAGCGAUGAUGCGACUUAUGUUAUCUGCGGAAGCGAGGAUAGAAAGUCAUAUAUAUGGAAUACUGGACCGAUCGACCUGGAGAACAACAAAGACAAACGUCCUCUGGAGUUCUUCGAAGCGCACUCAGCUAUGGUUACCGCAACUGCCAUUGCCCCAACAGCUACGCGGCAACAACUUGGCAACUCUGGUGAUCCAAUUUACGACCUUUGUAAUCCGCCGCCCGUAACAUUACUCUCUCGCGAGGAGUCGAAUGCCUCCUCGAUUCCAAAAGCUGGAUCAGAAAAACGUCUUUCUGAUCCCGUAAGCGAGCCUGUGAAAACACCAGCUUACCUUGCAAGAAGUUCUCAUAAUGACGGUUUAAUCAUCGUCACAGCUGAUUAUCUUGGCUCGAUCAAGGUCUUUAGGUGUGAUUGUGCAUUCCAGAAGAGGAGAAAUGACCAUUGGGAAACCAGCUCAACUUUCUCUAAGAAAGUCAUCAAGAGAUCAGGAAGCAUCAUGACCCGCAACUCAGGUGGCUCCCAUUCUCGACGCAACUCGCAAUCACAAAGCUCUCUUGUCAGUGCUGCUGGCUUACAUUCGGAUCAUAUCCUCUCUUGGCGAAACGGAAUCACUGAUGACUCCAGCAUUCGAAGCGUCACUAAAACCAACAGAAGCGACCGAAGUGUUUCUCCUGGAAAGUUUACCAGAAAUUCUCAAUCCAACUUGAGCUCUCAAAAUAACCUGGCGAGCACGGCCCGUCAACAACCUUAUGCUCCAGCACCAUUAACACAAGCUUCUCCCAGUGUGUCGACGACCAGCCCGCCCCAGAGCAUCUCAGAUGCGACAAGCAGGCGAAAAAGCAGCCAGAGCGGCCUGCCCGGGAAGCCGCCUACCCCCGGCUUCGUGAUCAGCAGAGACGAAGCGAAUCCGCUAAAACUCGACCCCGUUGGGAAGUCAUACCAAUUCUGGAAUGUCGCAAGCUGGAAACCUCAAGCCUCCCGCGAGACUGGAAAGCUCGACAACGACAGUCUGCGACCACCAUUAGAUCGUGGCGGAAGUGUCAUCAGUAAGCUCAGCUCCGAAGAAGGUUCUUCAGGUGAAAUGGAGGACGGAGAUGAGAGCGAAGGCGAAUCUUUGUCCUGUCGAAAAUGUAACGGCAAGGAUUUCCGAGCACGGAAAGUUGCUGGUAAAGGAUUGGUCAUGGUAUGUACUCGUUGUGGGUCUGGCGUUGAGUAA